GCCUGUCCCACCCAGCCACAGGCACCGCCACGCCACCUCCGCCCGCCCAUCCAAUAGGUAGUUACAAGCAGCGCUAUGCAGCAAGGCGCGGUGCAGCAAACAGCUGGAGCGGAGGAGGUCACCACCAACCAGUUACCGCUGCCGCCAAACAAAGAAAACAACAGGCCGCACGCCGCGUCACACCACCAUCGGCCAUCGCCACCACCCUCUUUUUACCCCCCUCUCUCUUUCGCCUCGCGACCGCGAUACCACCGCUCCCUGGGCUUCCAUCCAGCCAUUGCGGGAAGCAUCCCCUCCCCUUUCCCAUUGCAUCCAUCGUACCGUCCUCCCGGGCGCGACUCUCUAUACGUACGCACGGCCCUUACCCGCCGCUGCUGCUUCCAUCUGUGCCGCCCCGCCUGGCCCGGAGCAUGAAGCCUCACCGCUGCCGCCGCCCCGUCAUCGUCGAAGCAAGCUCGACAAUCUCCGGUGGAUAGACGGCUACGUACCACCACCAGACGCCCCCCCCCGCCCCUUGUGGCCAUAAUAAAACGACAUCGCGCAGCCGCGCGUGAUCGCGUCUACAGGCCCUCGGCCUAGUGGGCGGCGCCUUCUGCGCGGCCCCCCUCUUCUUUGCGUCGCCCAUCAUGCCGGCACUGCUCGACGACAAAGGCCUGCUGAGCCCGCGGUUGCCUGUCCGAGGACGCCAUGUCCUCUCACCGCAGCUACAGCAACGACAACACCAAGACGCUCCGCCAUCCAUCACGCCGCCGCCGCCGACGACGACCGCACGAACCACCACGACCACCACCAUCUCCUCGUCGUCCUUCUCCAUCAUCACCGCACACGACACGACCCCCUCCCUCCCAUCCGCCACGCUCGCCGCGCGCCAGCAGAGCGCCCCGACGCCCACCUACGUCGUCAUCCCCGCCACGUACGGCUCUCUCGACAGCUCCCCCUCCCCCGGCGUCGUCGUCGGCAUCGUCCUCGGCUCCGUCGCCGGCUUCCUCCUCCUCCUCUUCCUCCUCUACUCGGCCCUCGGCUUCGGCCCCGUCGUGCUCGGCGGCUGGUCCCGCGGCGGGCGCGCCGAGUCCGUCGUCGUGGACGAGGAGAUUGGGGUCUCGGGCAUGGCCCGCGGCGCGCGCAGCAGCGUCCUGAGCUUCCGCUCUGCCGCCGCCCGCUCUGCCGCCGCCGAGCACAAGCGCCACCAUAGACACCACCACCACCACCACGGGCGGGAGCGCCGCGGCCGCGCCACCGAGAUGUUCGAGGUGCGUACGCGCGAGCGCGUCGUCACCGGCGGCGGGAGCGGUGGCGCGCCGCCCGCACCCGUCAUCAUCGACGCCAGGCCCGGCCCGCCCGGUGGCAGCGGCGGUGGUCCUCCUCCUCCUCCUCCACCAUCCGGCCCGGGCGCACGGGCGCCGCCGCCGCCGCGCAUAGUCCCCACGGACGACGAGGACGACGAGGUGGUGGUCAUUGAGGAGCACAGCCCGCCCCCGCCCCCGUCGUCGUCGCGCCGCCGCAGGGAGAGCCGCCGACGCAGCAGCCGCGGCAGCCGUCCUGGCAGCGGGUACCACUACCGCGACGACCGCGACGACGGGCCGCCGCCUCCUCCCGGCGUGCGCCACGUGCGCCGCGAGAGCAGCCGCCGGUAUAGCAGCAGCCGGGAGCGGUGAUGCAUCACGAUGCGAGGCGAAGCCCGGCUGCUGCUCUGAAAGCACAUUGAGACUCGGAUGAGCAAAGAAUAUGCGCACCACCAAGACUGGUACUGACCGCGUGCGUUGUACGUCCGCAUGCUAACUAAUAACUUACACUGUACUACCGCCGCUGCUGCUGCCAUCAAUCCUCCUGCCCAUCCCACCCACACGUGUCGGGAGGGCAUUGGAAUGCGCGAGCGCGGCGUCACCACCACCGGCGCCCGGCAGGGGGUCCAUUGACAGGCGAUGCGUCUCGCCUCGAACGCUCAGCGGGGGAUCAUGCACGGGUAACUCCACCAGUCUCCCCAGGAAGAGAGACGGGGGAAAGCGAAAGAAAUCGGGAAGCAGGCGCGGGCGCGGACACGAACACGCCACGAAGACACGACGACAAGACAUAGACGGACAUGCAUUGUACAUGCAGCUCAAUGAGAACAGGGCGGGCAACAACAAACCCUGUCCAUCACAUCCACGCCCGAUAAUGUACCAUCAUCACUUGAGUCCAGCAACUCCUGCAGGGUCCUCGUAAAAUAUACAGCGAUAUAUAUAUGUACACUGGUCUGGUGCUUCAGCCCCAGGCCUCCCUUCAUUUCACAUUUCUCUCUCUCUCCCGGCCCCUGAUUGCCUCUACUCCAGCCAUGGGCAUGACCACACCACGUCGUAUUUUUGUUUU